CGAGGUAAGAUAACACGAAGCGAAGUAUUUAUCGGUUAACUUAUCGGCCCGGAGAGAAAAGGGCGGGAGGGAGCACGUCAUCGGAGGGAUUGCGCAAACAUUUCCCGGGGGCACGCGAACGAACACCCGGAUAUCUAAACACGAUGAGUGGAAUUAUGCGCAAACAUCUCGUGCGACAACACCGAGCACGACGUCUAAAGGUGCGAAUUCAUGCAGCGAGAAAUCGCUGGCGACUUGGGAGAAGUGGGGGAAAAGUGACGCCAGCGACAAGUAUUCGUCGCUUUUCUCCCGGUACAUAUUCAUGUGACGACAAAUCGCUAGCGACUUUAAUGUCAGUUAUAGGUUAUUGCAGAGAAAUAAUUAUUGUAAUAAAAAAUAAAAAGUAGUGAGUAAAAAUGAAGGUGACAGUACGUACAAACGGGGUGUAUACCACUCAGUGUGCAAAUAAUUUGAAAAUAGCGAUAACAAAAACCAUCAAGAAGCGACGGAUAGCGAUUGCAACUGCUGUAAUGUUGGAGUUGCAAAAAAUACAAAAGAAGCGAAAGUACAAAAAGAAGCAGUAUUGGGUAGCUCCAUACUUAAAAGACCGUCAGAAGCAUAGCUUCUUUCAUGUGUCCAUUCCUAAACUGACGUUGGAAGAUGGCAUACGUUAUUAUAACUAUUUUCGAAUGUCAGCAACACAGUUAGAAGAACUGUUGUUAUUAGUUGGAGCACAAUUGCAAAAAAUGAAUGUUGUUCGAGAGUGCAUAGGACCUAAAGAACGCUUGGCGUUAACAUUAAGAUAUCUUGCAUCUGGUGAUUCGAUGAUCUCAAUGUCAUACCAAUACCUCGUAGGAGUUAGCACAGCAAACAACAUAAUUGGAGAGACGUGCAAAGCGAUUUGGGAUAUCUUACAUCCACUAGUUUUACCACCUGCAUUAACUGAAACAGAGUGGUUAGAUAUUGCGCAGGACUUCAAGGAUAAAACAAAUUUUGCCCACUGCAUUGGCGCCAUUGAUGGCAAACAUGUGACCAUACAGUGUCCCAAUAAUGCCGGUUCCACCUAUUUCAAUUACAAACAAUCGCACAGCAUUGUUUUAUUGUGUAUUUGUGAUGCAAAUUAUAUUAUCCGAUUUGUGGACAUCGGAGCAUACGGCCGACGAAGUGAUGGCGGAAUUUUUGGAGACAGUGUUAUAGGGAGAAAUUUUGACUCUCAACGCAUGAAUGUGCCGAAACCAGCAGCUGUUGAAAAUGGACGAACUCUACCAUUCAUUCUUGUGGGAGACGAGGCUUUUCCUUUAAAACCAUAUCUGCUUAGACCCUACCCAGGCAAAAAUGGAUUGACUCCGCAGCAGGACAUUUUUAACUAUCGGUUAAGUCGUGCAAGAAGAAUGGUCGAGAAUACAUUUGGUAUUUUAGCGAGUCAAUGGCGAGUGUAUCGUAAACCGAUUAUUGCUCUGCCACAAACUGCUAUAUCAAUCGUGCAAGCAACAGUGUGUUUGCAUAACUGGCUCCGAAAAGAAGACAUCGGAAGAAAUAUUUAUGUCCCCCUAAAUAUGAUCGACGAAGAAAGCGUAGAUCUAAAUACUUUUCAACCAGGUACUUGGCGGAGAAUAAUGGAGGAUGGAUGCGCAUUUCAAGACAUUACUAAUUGUGGAACCAACACAAGUACUCGAUACUGCAUGGCAAUUCGUGAUGAAUUUCGCGAUUAUUUUUGUAAUGAAGGAUCAAUACCGUGGCAAUUUAAUAGACACAAAUAAUUGAUUUGCAUAUCUUAUUAACAUGUUUUAUUAUAAAAAUAUUAAAAAAUAUAAAAAUAUUCUUAAAAAAUCUA